AUGGAUAAACUCCCAAUGUCCCCGCAAAUGAAGGAAAUUUUACUUUCUCUAAAGAAGACUCGUUUUAAGCAAGGAACGUUUCAAGAUAGCGAAAGAAACCGUGUAAGAAGCUUCAAAGAGGAUGAAAAAUACCUGAGCAUUUCUCUCUCCAAGGAAAGUUUCCAAAAUGGCAAAAUAUUUCCAGGCAAUUCGAGAGAAAAAGAGGAAUACAUUCAAAGGGAAAGUUGCACUUCAUCACGUGGAGCUGUCUUUCAGCGAAGAGGAUCUUGGAUUGUUCCGAAACAUAUUCUGUCACGGAGUAACACAGUCGCUGUCUUACCACUGCAGAAACCUGGCGCGACACGCUGUUCAUCGACAAGCUUUGAAGAAAGUGACGAAGUUCUAAGACCCGAGACUAAUUGGUUAUUAGAAAUACAUUCGGCAGACAAAGUGAAAGGAAAUUUUGAAAAACGAUUGAAACCCACGAGUGCGUCAGUCACAAAGAAACCGUCUUCUUCAGAUUUGUUCCAAAAACAUUCGCUUGGUCAAACAAAAACAUGGCGGGUUGAAGGCAAGGCUUUCAGUGCAGUUCUCAAGAGAGGAGCAACUCACCCAAAGAUUGAGAAUAUGUGGGAGCAUCUGGCAGACCAGAGAAAACUCCUUAUCAACAAGUGGCUUUCCCCUCAGAACCGCUGA